UAGUUUUCCGGCAACGCAUUGAUUGACAUUUAUGUGUGAUUCAUUUCGGACAGAGCCAGUGAGCUAUGCAAAGUGUCUGAGACUGACUAAUAAUAAAAAUAAUACUUAUAAAUAAAACAAGAUAAUGGCCACCUCCACAAUGAGUGCCACAGCAUCGCCGAGUCCAGCUGCGAUCAAGAAUCCGCAGCUGAAACGCGUCGUAUACUCCAAGUAUCGGGAAUUGUUGGGCUCUUACAACGACAAGGCCAAUGCCAUCAUUGAGACACUGCCCGCCUAUAUGGUGCGAGAGGAUCGUGGAUUUCAGCUGGAGAUGCCGCUGAAUGGCAUGGCGAAUGGUCAUGUGAAAAGCGCUGUAGAUACGUAUGGGCAACGAGGCGGAGGCGCCGCUGGAGGCGGUGGCUACGAGGCACCAGCUUGUGUGCAGAACGCCAUGAUGACAAAAGACAAGAAACCCUUCACCUAUACGCCCGGCGGCAUUGAUCUCUCCCAAAUCCGGUCGGAGCGCAUGGCCAAGCGAUUGGCGCGCAAUGCGCAAGCCGAGGGCGCCACUGGCGCCUCCCAACAGAACAGACCAUCGCCGCAGUCGCCAGGCUCGGGCACUGGUGGCAGCGCUGCCAGUGCCAUGGGUGCCGCUGCAAUGGGGAUGCCUUUUCAGGUGCUGCCGCCACCGCCGCCGCCGCAGCCGCAGUCACAGACACAGGGUAAGAAUGGUAACAAUGCUGCAGCGCCCCCACCACCACCCCCACAACAAAGCACAUUAGCACCACCAGCGGGCCGAGGCAGUGCACCCGGUUCGCCGGCAGCAGCACGCAAAUCGCCGACACCGCAACGUUUUGAGCCGCCACCGCUUGGCUUUCGGCCGGAGAUCAAAAUACCGGCCAAUCCAAUGGCGGCGCUGCGCAAGGUGCCGCCGCCCGUCGAGAAGAACACCUUCUGGAAGGAUGAGUAUGUUAAGGAUCGCUCCAAGAGUCCCCUGCCGGAGCCAGCCCAAAAUGCCAAUGGUGACUACGGCAAUGGCAGCAGCAACAGCAACAACAACAACAUCAGCCAAGAUGCCGUUGAUGCCUACAGGCCAUCUGACAACGCCAGCAGCUAUAACAAUGGCGGCUAUAACAACUACAGCAAUGGCAAUGGCAACAACAGCUACAGCCCCUACACACAGCAGUUGCAGCAGCAGCAGCAGCCACAAGCGCCCUCACCCAAAUCGCCGCCACUGCAGUAUCAGCAGCAGCAACUACAGCAGCCAACACCACCGGCAACACCACCGCAGCAGCAGCCACAACAACAGUUCCGCAGUGUGCCCAUGCCCCAAUCGCCGGCUGUUAAUGUUUACACGCGUCAAACGGACAGUCCACGUUCGCCCUUCGAGGUGCAACAGCAGCAGCAGCAGCGUGCCACGGAGAGUCCCUUCCGUUUUGCACAGCAGCAACAGCAACAGCAGCAGCCACGUCCACCCACAGCAAUUUCGCCGUUGGCUCAGCAACAAGAGCCGCGUCCGCCCACAGCAAUUUCGCCGCUGGCUCAGCAACAGCAACAGCCACAGCAGCAGCAACAGGCAGCACAAACUGUGCCCUGGCGAACGCAACGCGCUCAGCCCGCUGCACAGCAACUGCAGCAGCAGCAGCCAACGCAUCCGCAGCCCAUUUUCAAUAAUGUGCAACAGCAGCAGCAGCAACAGCAACAGCAACAACGAUCUCGCGAUGUCUUCAGCCCAGCCCGAACAGAGCCAGCAGCAGCAGUUUUCAACGCACAGCAGCAACAAAACUCGCAAUAUCAAGGAGCAAAGCCAACCAACGUUGGCUCACUUUACAUAGCUCCUCUGGCACAACCGACGGAGCCUCAGGCUCAGCGCCUUCUGCUCCAGCAGCAGCAACAGGCCGGUGCCCGUGACUCACCGAUGAGACAAAUGCCACAGCAACAACAGCAGCCGCAGCAACAGCAGGCUGGUGGUCAGCCACUGCGCUGGCUCAGUUCUCAGCCGGCGAGCAAGGAGCAGGCGCCCUGGGCACGUCCCGAGGAGAAUGGCAAUGUUGUGCCAUCCACUUUGCGACAGGCAACGCCGUCGGCGCCAGCGCCAGUGCAGAGCACUACGACAGCGUUUUAUCAGCCACAGAUGAUGGCACAGGGUAAUGGUUAUGCAACGGCUUCAUCUCCAGCUCCAGCUGCUGUUCCACAGCAAAACUUUGGCUCAAAUGCUCAGCAGAGCGGACUGCGGCUGCAGAUCAACACCAAUGUAAACAGCAGCAAUGCAAACCAAAGUGGACCCAGGGAGCGCAUUAUACCCAUUACGCUGGAGCAAACGCCAACCUAUGCUGCGGCACAGCCCAAUUUUGGUGGUUACAACAACUAUCCACCAGCAGCAGCAGCAGCAACAGCAGCCAUGUCGCCCAACCAACAGCAGCACCAGCAACAAUUUUACGCCAACAACAACAACAACAACAAUUCAACACGCAUUAUACCAAUUGCGAUCGAAGGAGGACGAGGCGGACACAUCUCCCAAUCGCCAGUUGUGCUGCAAAACGAUCCACGCUCACCGCCCAUACAAUCGAAAUCGUUUAGAAUAUUGCAAAAGAUAACCGACACAGUGGACGAUGGCAGCUCCGAUGCCCGGCUACAGUCGCCACAACAGCAGCAGCAGCCUCAUUUGGAAUUGGAGACGCCGCAGUUGCAGCGUCCACAGUUCGCUCGCCAGAUGAGCGCUCAGCAGGCGCGCAAUAGUCCGACCAUUGAGCAAAUGAGGCGGCUGCAAAUCGCACAGGAUCAGUCGCAGUCGGGUACGCCUCCAGCUUGGUCCCCGCAAGGUAACGGCGUAUCGGCACAGAACCGCUUUACACCACAGCGUUCACCAUACGAUACACCCCAGCAACAAUAUAUACCAGCUAGUGAACAACAGGCAUUGGAACCAAAAAAAUAUACCGGUAGCGCAAUACCAAGUCGAUCAUUUAAGAUUUUACAGGCAAUGACAACACCAGAGAAUGCCGAACAUAAAAUUCACCCCGAGCUGGACUCGGAUUUGGAAAAUAUUGAAUUAAACGAAACCAAUAAUUAUAAUAAUAAUAACAAUCACUUUAAUAAUAAUUACAAUAGUAAUAAUAAUAAUAAAAAUAAUAAUAAUAAUAAUGGUAAUGAGAAUAAUGAAAAUAACAGCAAUAGUAACCAUAACCGAGAAAUUAACAAUAAAAUCAAUAAACGUCAUAGUUACACAUCAGCCACACCCACACCACCACCAACCAGUACAGACACAGACUCAAACACACACACAAGCACAUCUCACGCGACAUACUCAUCCAAUUCAUCACUAAGUUCAGAAAGUUCUUGUCCACAACGGACGCAACCCGAGCGCUCGCAAUCCGUGCCACCGCACCUUCCCUAUGCUUAUGGCUAUCCCUAUCCCUGGUAUAUGCCGCCCCCGCAUGCAAAUGGGGAGCCACCCCAAAUGGUGAACUGGCCCUAUCCCUAUCCCUAUCCACCACCAAUGCCUUCAACGGUGGAUGGCAAGCAGUCCGAUGCUUAUCCACCCUAUCCAUAUUACUACCCCUAUUAUCUACCCCCACCACCAGCCUAUGGUCAGCCAAAUAAUCCCAACGAUCCCCAGCAGACAAUGCCCAACUAUCCACAGUUUGUGCCACCCUACGGUCCCUAUGCCUAUCCGGUAGCACCCAGUUUCAGUCAAACCUCGACCGAGAGUCACGCUAGCAGUGUACUACCUGAUAUUAUUAUAACGCCCAGCACCGAUGAUGUGCCCUCCCAGGUCAUUAUGAAACACCAUGUCAAGGUAGAGCCCCGAGAGCCUCCGAAGCGUGCGCAUUCCGUUGAGAUAGAGGAGCUCGUUAGUCGCCCGAAAUCGCGUAAUAUUUGCAACAACAAGGAGCAGGUCAUCGAUAUGCUCAGCCAGCGACUGGCGAACAUCAAUAAAAUCGCUGGUGGCAAUACCCAAGAUAAUCUAUCAAAGCAACUGCAGAAAAGCUAUGCAGGAGAACAGCUAAAGGAGCUGGGAGCACGUUCACCCAGCGAGAAUGCUUCGCCAGUGCAGAUCAGUGCUGUGCUGGACGAUAACGAUAGCGACACGGACGAUAGCAGCGAUGAGGAUGAGGAGGACUCAGAUACACCCAAACAUGCCAGUCGCCCAUCUCCGUUGCAGGCCAUUAAGUCGGUUACCAAUGUUCAGGUCUACAAAGGUUUUGGUAAACUUCCAGCUGAGCAGCUGGACUCCGAAAGUGAGGAUGACGAUGGCACAACAGCUGAUGAAAUGCUAGACGAGGAAGAAGAGCAGGUGGAAGAGGAACUAAUUGAAGAUCUCGAUGAGGACUAUAUUGUUGAAGAGGAUCUGAGCACCAUAUACGAGGAGGAAAGCGAUCUGGAACGCAGCAGCAAUUAUGCCAGGACAGUUAUUAACUGCAAUGGCUCCAGUGCUACUCUCGGAGAUCGCCAAGUCGAAGAAGACGAUGCGUUGGAUCAGCAAAUUGAGGACAAUGAUCAAAAUGAGGGCAACGUGGAUGAUGAUGAUGACGAGUCCAACUCGGUUACGGUGCGUUUGCCAUUGCGCUUCUCCUUUAGUCGAAGCUCAAAUGACGAGAAUAUCGCCACAGUUGAAGUGGGAAGCACCACACAGGUUGAAGAGAGACGUCCGAGCUUGGAAUACAAGCGCAACUCCUUCAGCAUAGCCAAGGUGGAGAGCGAUGAUGAAGAGGAUAAUGACUGUGAGGUUAGCGUCACAAUAAGCUUGUCCAAUUCCUCGCGAUCUAAUUCAGUGGAGAAAUCUUCGAUGCCCCAAAACUUCUGUGAUGCCGAAAAGGUUCUCACAAGCGGCCGUAGAACUAGCUAUGAGGAUGUUUCCACUUCCCUCUCGUUGGGAAUGCGCAACAAGUUCUCGGCUGAUGUCUUCGACGGCGGACUUACCAACAAUAUUGCAAAAUUAGAGGCAACAGAAGAAGUUGAGGAUACUGCUGCAGCGCCCAAAGAGGAAUUCGAUUUCUUUGCCACACUCUUGGCCACUAAAAUGCAAGCACAAAAAAUGAUGGAACAGUCGAAGAACUUUUGGAAAACGCCCGAAACGAAACCAGUUGAAGAACAGCCAAAGGAAUGUGCUCCAACAGAGACUGUCCAGUUGCGAGUUAAGGAAAACGAUGCACAACCGACACCAGCUAGACCAAAAUCGUGUGAUCUAACCAAGACCCAGGCCUCAUUGGAGGCGGCCAAGAACAGCUUUUGGUCCACAUUUGCAACUGCGGGCAAAGAGACUGAGCCACAACAGGAAGAAGAUACUGACUUCGGGGCAAGUGAAGAAAAAAACACACAGGAAAGUCAAUGGACGAAAAAAAAGAAAACUGUUACAUAUACUCCACUGAAAAAGGAAACUGUAUGCCAAGUGAAAAAUUGGACAGAAAACCUAAAAUCUAAAAUCGAAUACUUGCCGCAAUCUCAGUGUGCAGAAGUCCAUUUUGUGGUAGAAGAAAAAACACAGGCUGAAGAAACGCCAGAGGAUGAGGAGGACUUUUGGGCGGCAGUAGAGAAAACGAAUUCCGAGAAGACUCCAAAGCAAGAAACCGAACCAAAUGAGUCUAUCGAUCAAGUGGAGGUGGACUUUUGGGCAGACCAGCCAGCAGACCCCCAUCCAAUUGAGAAAAUUACCGAGGAAGAAGAGACCGAUUUCUGGGCUGACAACAAAUCCAAUGAAUGUAUCGCAGACAACAAACCAGCCGACUUUCAAUUUGAUCCCACAAAAUACCCGGCGGAGCCUCGCGAGGUGGAUACCGAUGAAGAAAUCGAUUUCUGGGCAGAGCUCGAAGCGAAUCGCGAUCCUGAUGAUGAUGACGUAACCUUCCAAAAAUCAGCGACCUUCUGGGCAAGCAAAGAGCGACAACACUCCAUUGAAGAGACGCCCUUCAAGCCCGUAGAAACCAAAGCAUUCCGGGCCAAGCUGCCCGAUGAGCCAGCAGUGGAUAUCGAUGUGUGGUCCACAUUGGAGGCAGCACGUGGAGAGGAGCCAGAGAUAGUCGAUCCUGUUGUCGAAGAGGAGCAAAUUCUGGCCGUUCAAUAUGAAGGGUUAGAGCAUGAAAACGUUGAGGAGCCUCCCACAGAGGAGGAGCCAUGCCCAAUUGAGGCACCAGAAAGCAAUCUCAAUCAUGUGGAUACAAUGUCGCUGGCAUCCAUGCAUGAGCCAGCCACAGUGCGUACCUGGACGUUGUACAACCAGACGAAUGGGGAGCAGGAGAACAGCGAUGAGCCGGACUUCUGGGCCGACAUCGAAGAGAAACGCGCCGAGAAAGAUCAGAUCGAGGAAGCAGAACAGAAACGUCAAAAUUAUCGCCAGGCCAUGGCAUUCUUUAAUACCUCCAUUGAUGAGCAGAAAUUGCAGCAAAAGUCGCAAUCCAAUCGAAACAGCGUCAUCGUGGAAUCCGAGGAGACCAACGAAAUCGAACUCGGCUCCCCAGGCGAAUAUGAGAUUGUUGGCGAGGAUGGCAUCGUAAUGGAGCAACAUACUACACAAAUUAUGAAUAGCGAGGAAGAAGAUAGAGCUGGUGGUGUAACGCCAACCAAUGCUGUGGCACAACUGCCUGAGGUUUACGUCGAACCAGAACCAGAGCCGGAGGAGGAAAGAAAACCUCUAUCGAACGGUCUGCCCGAUCUCGGUGUGAAUAAGUUUGAUGAAUCAUCUAAAAUAUCAGUGCGUGACCGCAUUAAUGUAUUCGAGUCUAGUCCACCGACCACAGAUGUAACCACACCCAACAAGGCUUUGAACCUUCAAUCAUUAUCCGUAGACAGUGGCCGUGGCAAGGGACAACUUUCCCGCAACAGCAGCACACAGCGCUCCGAGUCAGAGAUCGAGGAGGAUGACUCCGGAGUGACAGACAUGAACAGACAGCUGUCUGAGACCGAUACCGAAUCCGAAAGCUUCCCGGAGCUGCGCAAGAUGACGAGCUAUCAGCGAGCCGCCACACAUUCCAGACUCUUCAAGCUGCUGCAGGACGAGAACGAUGUGCCCGAGGGUGGCGAGACUGGCCAGGCGGACGAGUUCCAGUUUAAGCCCAGCAGACGCAAGAUUGUGCACAAUGUGUCCAUCACACGUCGCCAGAAUCCCAAUGCAUUGGCCGAAGCCGAAUCGAUGACACAGCGACGGGAGCGCCUCUCGCUGCCGCUGCGCAAGAACACCAGCAUCGAUGCGGACAAUCCAUCCACGCCCAAUAGCCCCGCCUCACCGAUUGUGGGCCCAUCGCCCAGCAAACAGCGCGUGGUCAGCGACAAGCUGGUGAACGAGUUGGUGCAGAGUCUGCUGCUCAAGAGCGACAGUACUCAUCUGCACAAUCUGCCCAUGGAGCGACUUCAGGCGGCAGCGAAGCGUGCCCUGGUCGAGGAAAUGGACUCGGUGGAGAAUAGCUCGCUGGACAGCACACCGGCCAUAACUCCCAAGCAGGACAAGGAAUACGCUGACUAUUACAGCAGCUGGACCGAUGCCAGUGGCGGCGAGGAGAUUGUCCCAUCGAAAGCCUUUCGAGCGCUGCAGGAUCCGCGACGCAGUCCGUGGACUGUGCGGUGUCCACGCGUCCUCAGCUCCAAGACCAUCAAUCGGGAUCUGGCGCGGGUCACAGAGUCACCCGAAAUACUGAGCAGUCGUGGGAGCAAAAGUCCCGAGUGCUUCAGACAACAGUCUAGGGAACGCUCCGUUAGUAGCUGGCGUAAGGUCUAGGAGUCUAUUAAGGGAUUAGCUCAUUGUGUAUAACUAGGGGCGGGGAGGGGUCAUAAAAAAAGAGAAAAAUAGGUUUUUAGUAGUGUAGCAACUUAGGCAACUUGCAUUUUGUGUCUUGGCCUUGUGGACAAGGCCGACUAGCAAACAGUCACUGCCCUGGCCAAGUGUUGGGUCAUUUAAUGCAUUUCACAUCACAUCACAUUGUACAAUAUGACAACACUCAGACUAUUAAUUAACUAAAUACUAUCUAAUGAAUAAUGUAUAAUGUAUAUAAACCAACUGAAACCAAAGAAAAAUCGUUCAUUCGUUCGUUCGCUCGUUCGUUUGUUAUCUCAGUAAAAGCGUAAAAUCUUCGCCAGUCAUUUCUAAAUUCAACUACAUAUAUACAUUCGUAUGUACUUUCGAAUCGAAUCAAU